GACACAUGCGGCGCUUGAGUCUUGGCGGGGCGGGGCCAGCCGGGCCAAGGCCAAAUUGUGGGAGACUGAGAAGCAGGGACGCCAAGUCGACGCGACGUUUGAAGCCAUCAAGCAGCAACAGACGCAAGAGCGGCAACAAGACCUCCCGCAGCAACUGCAUGCCUGGUGGAUUGCCCGCCGGAAGUAUGCUGAUGGGAUUGGCUUUGAUCGCAGUGUACACUCGAUCACCGGCAAGUUUCCGGGCUAUUUGUCCCCAUCCGCCGGAUUGAAAUUCGCCGACAUCCCCAACGGCCUGGCCGCGAUCUCCAAGGCUGUUCCCCAGGCAGGAUGGGGUCAGAUCCUCCUGUACAUGGCCUACUGCGAGGCCUCCCAGACGCAGGAGCCCGGCACUGCGGCCUACGCCGGUGACUUCGGCUGGAAGGUCCUGACCUCAAGCGACCCUGCUGAGAAGACCAAGAAGCUGAAUCUCGGCUGA